AUGGCGAUGAUGACUGGCCGUGUGCUGCUGGUGUGUGCCCUCUGCGUGCUGUGGUGUGGUGCUGCGGUGGCGGUGUUGUCAGCGGAUGGAGCUGGCGUUGGCGAUGGCAGUGCGGGUGAGUAUUUGCCGUUGCAGUGGCGUACGCGGUUUCUGACGGAAUGCGCAGAGGAGGUGGGCAGGAGGACAGGAGGCCGUGCGAAUGCGUCCUCCGUCGAGGAAUGCGUGCGUCAGGUGAUGGAGAGUUUGCAUGCUGCUGUGGAUGGCCGCAGCCGUUGGAGGCGUCAACUUUCCGCCGUUGCUGUUGCUGCUGCUGCUGAAGGUGGUGGAAAAGAGAAUCCCAACACGGUGGAAGGUGAAAAAACAAGUGAAACACUGGCGACUUCAGGAAAAGCAUCUACAGGCAAAAAAACAGCAGUGGCAAGUGAACAGACGUCAGUGAAUCCUGCACCUGCUAUUGUGCCGCCUGCAAGAGAAACUUUAGUUCAAGGAAAACACAAUGAGACAAACGCCAAAGAAGAGAAAGAAGAAGAAUGUGGGGAGAAAGAUGACAGCGAAGAGGAAGAAGAAAAUCACAAGGAAGACGAU